AUGCCGCCAUCAGGUCUUGCCAUCCUAAUCGGCGCUGGCCCCGCAACUGAAACAGGUAUCGCGCGUGUUCUCUCCUCGCCUACCCAGGGCAACUUUGCCGUCGCCCUCCUGUCCCGCCGCCCCGAGAACCUCCAAGCCGUCAUCUCCAAAGCCCACGAUAGCUUCAAGGGUCUCAAAUUGAAGCUAGCCAUAUACAGUAUCAAGCAUUCGAGCAAGAAGUCUUUCUUAGAGGAGACAAGGGUGGAUUUUGAGAAGAGUCUGGAGACGUACGUUGGCGGUGCAUUUACAUUUGCGCAGGAGAGUUUGAAGAGAUUCUUUGAGGAUCAUGGGGAGCAGGGAUUGGUAGAUGGAGCGGGAAAGAAAGGCACGCUCAUUUUUACGGGUACCCUUGGCGCUCUCCGAUGCAGUGCGCAAUUCGCCGCCUAUGGUGCUAGUCGCGCAUCUGUCCGUCAACUAGCGCAAACUUUGGCUCGCGAGAUGAGCGAAAAAGGUGUAUAUGUCGCCCAUACAAUUGCUAACGGUGCGAUUGUUGACCAAGAUGGGGAAGAUCAGAAGCUGGGCAAGAAGAUGAGUGCUGAUGCUGUUGGCGAAACAUAUCUUUGGCUGCAUCAGCAGAAGCCUUGCUUGUGGACACAUGAGUUGGAUAUGAGGCCUGCUUGUGAGAAGUUCUAGUUGUCUUCAUGGUCUCAGGUAUGACCAAUGGCUGCAUUGUCUGAGUGCAUAAAGCCUUCGUCUCGAUACACUCGGAAGAGGUGGCAUUUUCACGGCACGCUCCGUCUUAGUAUAGCUAUAUAAAACAACAAAGACAUACUAGAACCCCAAAAGAUUGGAGACCAAGAACGAAAAGAAGUGGAAAAAACGGAGGUCGACACCUGAGAACACUCGAUAUCUAAUGAACCUAAGUGGUACAAUUUAUCGCAUGAGAGCAUAGACUGUUACAGCCACAGUCGGCGAAAGCCUAGACUGUCAUAGCUACAGUGAACGGUGAGAAGAGCCGAAGACGAAGAGAACUGUAGUAUAGAUUGUCUAACGCGAAAAACCAUGAGAAUGAGUGUAUCAAC